UCAUUUAAUAGUUUUCUUUUUUUAUUUAAUUAGCACUGUUAGUUGAAUAAAUACAAUAGUAAACUUCUUCAUUCCGUUUUAAUUUGUCAAAUGAGGCAAUUUUAAAGUGUAAACGGUGUGCGUGAUCGUUGAACUAUUCAUCAUCAAAGAAAAUAUUAGGAAUUGAUAAAUUGCAGGUACUUGAAUCCAGAGAUGGUUCUCGCCGUUGCCAGUAUUGACUUCGGGACCACAUAUUCAGGGUGGGCGUAUUCUUUCACUCAUGAGUACGAGAAGGACCCGAUUGAUAUCAAAGCUAAACAUUGGAAUGCUGACCAAUUUAUAUCCAAUAAAGCCCCGACGUGUGUGCUCAUCCAUUCGGAUGGAAAAACAGUAGACUCGUUUGGAUACAGAGCCGAGAACAAAUAUGAAGAACUGGCACAGAAGAACGAACACAAGACAUGGUACUACUUCAAGCAUUUCAAGAUGAAGCUUUUCAACAACUUGGAUCUUCGAAAGCAGACGAUGUUAGAGGAUGCAACAGGGAAACAACUCCCGGCGCUGACUGUGAUAGCUGCCUUCAUAAAAUUCCUUAAAGAUGAUCUGAUGGAAGUUCUUAAGGACCGGGUAACUGGUGGCUUUACAAGCAGUGAUGUCAACUGGGUGCUUACAGUCCCUGCCAUUUGGAACGAGAGAGCAAAACAGUUCAUGAGAAUGGCCGCUAGAGAAGCUGGGAUCGAAACUGGUCAUCUCAGCAUAGCACUCGAGCCUGAAGCUGCCUCGAUAUUCUGUCGACAUUCAAAAUUGAGGAAGAGUGACUUAUCUACCGAUGCGGACAUCUCAACCUUUCCACCUGGCACUCAGUACAUUGUUUGUGAUGCUGGAGGCGGUACAGUAGACAUCACUGUUCAUGAAGUAACUGGUGAAAAGGCACUGAAGGAGGUCGAUAAAGCGAGCGGAGGAGCGUGGGGUGGAACCCAGGUCGAUGCAGAGUUUGAGAAACUUAUGGAUACAAUAGCAGGAUGUGCAUUAAUACAACGUCUUAAAGAAGAAUACAUGGAUGACUAUAUGGAUUUGAAGAGGACAUUUGAGGUUAAAAAGAGGGACUUAAAAACAAGCUCAAGUAUUGUGUUACGAAUUCCUUCAAUCAUCAAUGAGCUUGUCAGUGAAAUGACUGGUUGUUCUUUACAAGACCAAAUUCAAAAGUCGGUUUUCAAAAAUAAAAUUUCGCGAAACCGAGAUAAGCUCACCAUUGAUUUAGAUGUUAUAGAAUCACUGUUUGGGGUUACCAUCCGAAGCAUCACCGAACAUUUAUCUUCACUGCUUUCUAAGCAUAUACAUAUUGCAUACAUCGUUAUGGUUGGUGGCUUUUCGGAGUCAACAUUGCUGCAACAGAGAGUCAAAGAUGCCUGUCCUGGGAAACACGUUAUCAUUCCCGCGGAGGCUGGGUUAGCUGUUUUGAAAGGAGCAGUCAUGUUUGGGCAUAACAAGCGAUGUAUUAUUUCGAGAAUCGCUCGAUAUACGUAUGGGAUCUCGGCGUAUGCUCCAUUUGAUGAAUCAAUUCAUCCUGCUAGCAGAUUAUGGGUAGACAAAGAUAACACAAAAUGGGCAAAAAAUACAUUCUCGAAGCAUAUUGAACUGGGCCAACAGAUUCCCAUUGAUCAAUCAGCAAAUUCUUGUAUUUACGACUCAAUAGCUGUUACGAGUUACAUUCAUAUUUUUGCAUCACAUGUUAAGAGUCCUGUGUUUGCUGACGACAAAGGCAAUUUUCUUAUCGGCGAAUUUAGAUUAAGAACCACCGACGAAAGUGGAAAAAUGAGUCAAUUUAAAGUUGACAUGUAUUUUGGGGGAACAGAAAUCCAGGUCAAAGCAGUUCUCUUGUCUAAUGGCAAAGAAACAGAAGUAACUGUUGAUCUUCCGGACUAAACUUAACAUCGGACUGUCGGCGUCUCUUCAAAACGAGGAUAAAUACAAUUAUUAUUGAGAUUAUAAUUAAAAACAAUAUCGUGUGUUUUACCUAUUUUGAUUGCAAACGAUUAUUUUUUCUUCGUGCUGUAUACUUUUCAAUGCCGAGGUCUACGAAUGAGCUGGUAAAUACAAUAUUUGAACCGAAAGGCUUGACGCAAUCAAAAACACAUGUUCAAAUGAUCAUACAAAAUGGAAUCAAACAAAACUCAAGGCACCAUUAUAGUAAGCUUCAGUGAGUUAGUUCCCUUCGUUUGAGGUGUAUAAAAACGUGUGAGUAGUAUGUAGCUGGUAGUUAAAUUGAAACUUAGUUUUAGAAAGUUUUUAUUCUGCUCCUCUGGUGCAUAUUAAACCAUUUUGUAAUUAAUUUCAGUUAAAUGGAAACUAAUUUUAGCAAUGCUGAAAUGCUAACGUUUUAGUUGACGCGUGUAUUUUAGUGAUAAAUUCUGAUGUUUUACGUGUUACAUGUAUAUACUUCUUUUAACCCCAAUCCAUGGCAUUGAUCGUUCGAAUGCGGACAUCCCAAUUUUUGAUCAUUUUUCUGUGUUAUGUUGUGUUUUAUGUAUUGUCCUUUUUUGUAUAGGCAAUAUGAUACUUGCCUAAAAGAAAUACUUGUUGGUGUUUGACCUGAAAUUGUCUCUGAAGUUUUAUUACUCUAUUACUUGUAGAUACACACUUUUUGAUUAAUUCAAACUUUCUUACUGCACGAUUAGCGGCCACUUAGACAUCGCUUAAAUUCUGAACUUCGUUCAUGCCUGACGCUAACCAAUAAUGUCAACCAUUAAUUGAAGUCUAGUAACAACCCGUUUAAGAAAGUUACCAAGGAUGGUUUGACUGUUCGAAUGCAAUUGGUUAAUGUAACAUAAAAGUUGUAAGAACAAGUUGCUUACUGCGCAUUUGUAUCGCUAGCGUUAACAUGUGACAUAGUAAAUUUCAAAACAUAAUAAACACAUUAAUUAACUGACAUAAAACACGAUGACAGCCUACGGAUGCAGCACCUUUAAUUCAUCGGAAAUCUCCAUCGUGUUGUCUUUGUUUAGCUAAUAUUGUCAUUUGUCAUUGUAUCACUGUUUCUGUCAAACACUAAAUGUGAUGCGCUUGAGUAUAUUGUUUACGCUUAAUAAGUUUUCCAGUUAAAUCUCACUUGAAGAAAUUGAAAGGAAUAUAUUUGUAUGCAUAAUAAGGUGUGUUAAUACCAGUCAUUGAUGUAAAUUUCUGCUUUCGAUGAAUACUUACAUUAUUGGGUUCAUUUUCGAAGAAAUAAUCAUAUUAUCGCAAACAAUGAAAUUGUGUGUACUAAAUAUAAGUUUUAAUGUACGAGUUUGUUAUUUAUUGUAGGUGAGUCAACACUGGCUAGCAUAUUCAUACGCUGCAGAGUUUGUUUAUUUUGUGUUUGUUUAAGUAUGUUUUGAUCUAAACUGUUUAUUCGAAAAAACUGCUUUUCAAAAAAGCUGUUAUAUUCAACCUGCGAGUUGUUAAUUAAAUGCUGUUACAACAAUCUGAGUAUAUUACAUAUUUUUGUUAAAUAUUAAACGUUUCUAACAUCUUGGAAAACAGAAUGUUUUGACAAAUGA